GAAUUUGCAAGUAUUGGAUUCUUCAAAACAAGAUAUUAGGAGUAUUCCUUGGGCUUAAAGAUAAUAAUUAUUAACAUAAAAUUUGAAGAAAGACUAAUAAAUGAAUGUAUAUUUUCAUUCUAUUAAAAUUAAUGCAGAAAAUUUUAGAUCAAAUGAAUACUUUAAAUAUGAUCUUGUGUAUUAAAAGGAUGAUAAUACUGUAGGAGUCAAAGGACCAUUUAAUUACUUUCAUCUUACUAUAUAGCAAUACUAAUAAUUUUAAGUCGCAUUUGUAGCUGACUUUGAUACUACUUCUCCUGUUUUAAGUUUUUUAAAAAAACAUUAAUAAUAAAACAAUGAUAAGUUCGUAUCUAUAAUUGGGGGAGGAGAUUACGGUUAUGACCUUCAUGACCUUAAUGGAGAAAAAGGACUAAAAUUUAUGAAAGAAACUGAAACUUAUUUUAAUGAAAUAGCCUUUAAUUCAAUUGCUGGAAAUCAUGAAGAUAAAGGAAAUAUGUAUGAAUUUUACAAUUAGUUUUACAGAAACCCAGGUCCAGAUAACGAUUAUUAUACUUGGGCGGUAGGAGAUGUAUUAUUCAUAGGAUUUAAUGGAUUUGAUAUGGCUUUUAUCGAUGAUUUUAGCAAAAGAAAUUAUAUAGAUGGAAAAAAUGUAGACUUUAUUGAAUAAAAUGGAAUAUACUUUGUAAAAUAUUCGAUGAAACUAUUCUUUUGCAGUAAUUUACUCACAUAUUCCUUUGCAUUGUAGUUUGUAAGUUUGGAAUAAUUGUGGUUAAUACAGUAACUAAUUCUAAAAAAUGGAAGAUCUUUUUGUUUAAUAUAAAGUCGAUUUGUAUUUAGGUGGACAUAUUCAUGCCUAUGAAAGACAUCAUCCUAUUUAUGAUGGAGAACCCUAAUUUACUAAGGAUUCAGAUUGUAAUGAUGAAAUUUGUUAUAUUUAUAAUAACCCGAAAGCUCCUGUCUAUGUUAUUGAUGGAAGCACAGGGGCUAUAUAUGAUAGUCCUUAAUAUUAUUAAAACUCUAAAAAUUCUUAAAUAGUGGAUGAUAGAUUUGGAUAUAGUGUGAUUAGCUAUAUGAAUAAAACUCAUUUAAAAUUUGAGCAUUUUUCUUAUAUUUAAAAUAUUUAUAAUAAUAAAUUUAUUGUUUAGAGUGAUGUGUUUUACAUUUAGAAGACUAUUACCUUUGGAUUUAUUUUAAAGGCUUUUUAUUUUUCAUUAAGUAUUAUUAUUUUGUUU